CUCUGGGAGAAACAGCAGCUCCUGGCGACCACCCACAUCGAGGGCCCGGGUGACGGCCUCUGCCAGGUGAGCUUCAGUCCUCAAGACAAUGCACAGGUUUGUAUCACUGGAAAUGGCAUUUUUAAACUUUUUAAAUAUAGUGAAGGAACUUUGAAAGCAACGAUUUUACAAAAAGGAGAGCUACAAAAUUACCUGUGCCAUGCCUGGGUGUCUGCAGAGAGAGUUGUAUGCGGCACUGAUACAGGCAGACUUAUGAUACUUGAAAAUGGAGAGAUGCGCUGGGAGACAAGUGUUGAGUAUAAAAUACCACCCAGGGAAUUGGAAGAAGAUACAACAAAAGAACCUGGGAGUCUUACUUCAUUUUCUGCUUUUGAUUCUUCGGAUAUCUCCUGUGAUCUGGUUUCUGAUGAUAAUGGCUCACAAGAUACUUUGCCUCGAAUAUGUGCAGUUGCAGCUUAUUCCAAAGGUUUUGCAUGUUCAUCUAGCCCAGGGGUUGUUCUUCUGUUUGAGAAGAGUGAGGAAAAGGAUGUCUACAGGGAGACUCAAGAAAUCUGGAUUCCUCGGGACUUCUGCAGCAGUGAACCAGACCAGUCAGACAGAGAGGACAUUAUAUGUAUAUGCUUCAGCCCCUCUGAGGAAACGAUGAUUGUUAGCACAACUAAAAAACAGCUUUACAUGUUUACUAUGCCUUCCACUGAGAUUGUGAAAGAGAAGUUAGCUCAUUUUAUACAUCUGCAUUUCCCAUUACAUUCUGAUGCGAUCACUGGUCUCGACAGCUGUAUUCGGAAACCCAUUGUUGCUACUUGUUCCCUGGACAGAUCUGUCCGCAUCUGGAAUUACAAGACCAACACUUUGGAGCUGUACAAGCAAUACCAGGAGGAAGCAUACACAGUAUCUCUUCACCCCACUGGCCUAUUCUGUUUGGUUGGUUUUUCUGACAAACUACGUCUUAUAAGUCUGCUGUAUGAGGACAUGCAUGUUUUUAAGGAAUUCGCUGUGAGAAGUUGCAAAGAGUGUGCAUUCAGUAAUGGAGGCCAUCUUUUUGCUGCAGUUAAUGGAAAUGUGAUUCACAUUUAUUCCACCACCACUUUUGAAAAUACUAAUAACCUGAAAGGACAUAGUGGAAAGAUACGUGCAGUUAAAUGGAGUGCGGAUGAUGCUAAAUUGGUCUCCUGUGAUGCACAUGGUGCUGUGUAUGAGUGGAACUUGUCGUCAGGUAAAAGGGAGUCAGAAUGUGUGCUCAGGUCCUGCAACUACAGCAGCAUUGCCCUGUCUCCCUUUCCCAAAAUCAUCUUUGCUGUUGGAUCUGACCAAACACUCAAGGAAAUUUCAGAGUCUUCGAUCCUGCAUGAGGUUCCUGCUUUUGAUGUUGUUUAUACUGCAGUAGCUGUUUCCCACUCUGGGCAUAUGUUAUUUAUUGGUACAUCUUUGGGGACAAUUCGAACUAUGAGGUACCCAUUGCCUUUGCCCACAGAGUUCAAUGAGUAUCAGGCCCAUGCAGGUCCUGUUACAAAG